AUGGAAGAAAACGAUGAUGAUUUCUUCUCCGAUGAUGGCUUCGACGAUCUGCCACCGAGCACAUUAUUCCAGCUGGAACAGAACGCGGUCUUAGCAAACCAGGCUGCACAGCCUCAGCCUCAGACUAUAGCGGCAAUAGGUCAGCCCUCCCGAGCCUUUGCUAGUCAUGAUUUUCAAGCGGCAGCUUCCGAGCAGACCUUACCCCCUAAUGUUUCAUUAAACCCGCCUGCGCAUUUACACACGGGAUUGAUCAGCGAUUACGGCGCUUUGGAUGUAGGGGAAUUGGACGCGGUGGUUCUUGAAGAUGAGACCGAGUCAAUGCAUGGGCUGGAUCAACCAGCUGUGCCUGCCGAGCAGUCUGGCCCCUACCAGGUUGUUGCUAACCCGGAAGGGGAGGAUGCACAAGCUUAUCCCGAGGCCAUGGAGGUUGAAGGGGAAACUUCACACACCCAGCGUGGCCAUGUAGGUUACGGUAUGAUAAACGAUAAGCUGGCAGCGGAGGAUGAACGGUAUAAGCGAAUGACGGAAGAGCUGAGUGCGGCAAGAUCUAUGGCGGAAACAAAAGCCGGGGAAAUUGCUAUCAUCCGAUCAAAUCAAGCGAAACUUACAGAAAAUUACGAACGUCAGGUUACGGCCCUACGGAAGGCGAUGGCUGAAGAGGUAGCUAGGCACAAGGAAGAAGUAGAGGCCGCACGUGUGGAAGGCAAAAUGCUAGCUACGGAGAAUGCAUUUCUUAAGCAAGAUCUUGCCGAAGAGUCCAUACGGAUCAGCAACCUGAAAGCGAAAGGCCGGGCAGAGGAAAAGCCAGCUCCAGGAACGCCAAAGAAACAUAAAGCUCUGCCUUUCCGCGAUGGAUUCGAUGAUGAUGAAAUCCUUGCCGUCUCUCCCAGCAAAUCAGCGCGGUACAAGCGAAUGAGCCCGACGGUUGGUGGUAAACGGAAGAGGAGGCUGAGCGAUGAUAGCCCGAUACCACUUCAAUUAAGCCCACAACCGGAGCCUAUGCAUGUCGAAACUACUGUCGGUGACAUGUCGGACGAUGCAUUAGAUGAAGCCAUACCGAACCGAACCGCACAUGUGGGCGACCUAACGUCGCAAUUGGUUAAGCGCCUAUUGAACCAUCGAACAUUCCCCAACGAAAACAAUGACAUCGAAGUGAUGGCUAGAUUAACAUUCCCAUCAGAGCCCCAGCGAACGCUGUCCUCAAUUUUAUUGGAGGAAGUGGCAAACAUGGAUAUCGGUAACUAUUUACUAGAAUACGCACGGGCUAUAAUUUCAUUAUGGUCCCGUGCUUUGCGCGAAAAAUUCUUCGAGCCCGUUCCCAUUUUCAUGGGGAUUAUGCGGCAUGUAUAUGCUCUGGGUGCGCCGUCAUCUGCCUCCGAGUUAAUUGACCACCUGGUACCACUAUUACAAGAGUCGGGUGAAGUUAACGGCAUACCCCGGUUUAAACACUCUCCCGUUUCGCGGCAAAAUUUUGGACAGGUCAGACAGACGCCAUUAUCUGAGCUGCAACCUCUUGUAAACUCGACUGAGGCGCUGGGCCUCCUGUACCAAAUGGCUUGCUCAUGCUUACAUAUCGAUCGCGUGUUGGAGAAAUUCUGGCGAUACAUGCGCUACGACUUCAUUCUGAUGAUGUUAAAUUGCUCGCAAUCCAUAAGCGACAUCAUCCUAACCCUAAACCUCCUAUCGACCAGCAUUCGCAUCGAGUCUUUCGGUUCAGUUCAGGACACGGAGCAGGACCAGAUCGCAAACGAAAACUACAUCGUUGAUCGCGUGGCGAACCUUCUGAGUGAGACACCACAGGUCGACGAGGGACAGCCCCCUUACAUGGCUUCGGAGAUUUGCGAUAUGCGGCUGGAAGCGUUGUCUCUUUUGACAUCAGUGGCUUUCAAUCAAGAGGCCCCCGGUAGUACACAUGGCAGCAUGGUCAUUGCGUCUCACUCCACGGCACUAGCACGACUAAUCCGGGCCAUGCACGACGAGCUAGAUGCCUUGUAUACAUCACCGCCCGAAAAGGAGUUGCACGCCGCAUUAGUAAAUGGGUUGAUGCGUCUAGUGUACGGAGUUAUCCGUCGGCAUCCAGCGGACGUCGAUCUCCAGUCGAAACUCAGCCGAGUGGCGGGCGGAAAACAGAAAUUUCUAGUGGUGCUGACGCGACUUGCGUUCAGUGAAGGACCGAUACUAGAGGCCGGAAUCGAGGAUGACACGGUAGAGAUGGCCCACGAGAUUUUGGACGACGCUGUGAAUCCUCAGGAAGCCGAGGCUCUGCUCGAAGCGUUCCCAAGUACCAAGCAGCAGGAAUAG